CUUGGCUCAAGAAAACGGGUGGUUUCAAACGCGGUUCGAGCUGCGCGCAAAAAGCGAAAGGACCAGGUGAGGAAAAACCCAUGGCGGAAUGUCAGAAGGUCUGCUUCGAUGAGGAAGUCAUCGAAGAAGGCAGAUUUCAAGAAGUUGGGCAAGGUAUGGGCGACUAUGCCUACGCGGCGCAGCAUGUUGGCAAAAACCAGGGCAACCUGAUGCGUGUAGAGGCCAAGAAAGGAUACCGUUGCAGCAACUUUUGCCAGGUGUGCUUGUGCUUGGCAGUGCUGGCGUUGUUCAUUGGGCUGCUCCUGUGGCUCACCACUGCUCCAGUUUUUGACUUUGGUCACAGCCCGGGUCACAGCGAGACGAACUUCGAUGAUACUCAGGGCCACGACUUCGACUGUAACCAGGGCUACGAUGACUGGGAUAAGCAGUGGAACCUCGCGAAGAAACAGUUUUGCUGCGAGCAUCGUGGCAGGGGCUGCGAACACGCCAACUUCGACUGUGUGGGCUCUCCCAACAACUGGGAAUUGGAUCACCGCGUCCGAUGCUGCGACAAGGGCGUGAAGGAGGCGUGUGUUCCAAAAGCCCAUCCCUACAACUGCAACGCAGGACUCACUAAUUGGAAACAUGGCUGGUCCUUCGGCAAAAAGAAGUGGUGCUGCGAGAAGGAAAAGGUGGGUUGCGCAGAGGCUCCGCAUCCGGGACAUCAUCCCGUACAUGUGGUGCACGUGCACCACGUUCAUCCCUUGCAUCACUCUCACAUGGUUCCAGUGCCAGCGCCUGCGCCCUUCCACUACCAUGACUACCAUGCCGUCCAUGUGCCAGCGCGCCAUGUCCCCUACCACUGCGAUGUGGGGUUGAGCCAGUGGACCGUUUUGUGGUCUGGCGCCAAGAAGGCCUACUGUUGCAGCAAGCAUUCGGUCUUUUGCGGAGGAGCUGGCUUCGGUGGCCAUUAUGAUCACUCUCACUCCUACGUGACCUAUUCGGACAGUCCGCACUUCACCCACGCCGACGCCUACCACGGCCAUGCUGGCUAUGGCUACUACACCGGUGACCAUAGCUACAGCUACGGCCACGGCGGCAGCUAUGGUGAGGACGGCUACAGCUAUGGCAGCUAUGGUCAUGGACAUUUCUCGCACGGCGGAAGCUUUGGUCAUGGGCACUAUUCCCAUCAUGGUGGUAGCUAUAGUGCGAGCAUUCCCAGCUGUGGCGAGAGCGUGGCCCACAAGUGCCCUUCUGAUUGGGCUACUGGAACGGGUGGAUUCCACUGCUUGCAUCAGCUGGCACGACAGACCAGCCACAAGGCCUACCUGAAGUCGGGAGGUGCCUGUCGGCCGGCCAAGCAGGGACCCUUCCCCUUCAACGACUGUCAGGACCAGUGCCGAAUCGGAUCCCCUCACAGGCAAGUAGAAAAAUAGCCACAGGCGGGUGGCAAGAUGGGAGAUUCGAGAUGUGAACCCUUUGGGCCCAUGGUGCAAGGCAAGGCAGGCCUCUAAAAGGGGCCCUGAUGUGCCGGUGCCGUGUAUGCAUGACGACUGCUGGGCCAGCUGAUGGUUUUCCACCUGAGAGCCAGAGAUUUG